AUGGGUAUUACAACCAAUGAAACGGAGGUUCAUGGACGAUUUCACUCGGGUCAACUUUACAAGACCGAACUAGAAGGGUUCCUUUCCUACUGCAAACGGUUCCCAACGGGCGUGCGAAGCUACAUUGCUGGCAAGAACAUGACACCCAUAUUUGUACCGAAUUUGCCAUCGCUUACGAGUGUGUUCCGGACUGCCAUUCAAAAAUUGGGUUUAGAUGCCAAAGACAUAUCGGUCGUUGAAGCCCAUGGAACUGGAACCCCAGUUGGGGACCCUGUUGAGUACGACAGCAUCCGCCAGGUAUUCGGAGGGUCUAUCCGUGCGGGACAAAAUGCCUUGCAGAUAGGAUCGGUGAAAGGGCUCAUCGGCCAUACUGAAGGUGCUUCUGGACUCGUCGCACUCAUUAAGAUUCUCCUGAUGAUGCAAUAA